CCCACCCAUUUUGUGAAAUUCAGAAUUCAUUCAUUUUCUACUUCGUUUUCUAUCUCCCAGCUCCCUCGGUCUUCACUGUUCUGCGGUUUGCUUUGCUUGAGGGUGAAUCUCCAAACAUGCGGUCACAAAAGCCUUCCGAAUCACUCUUGAGCCUGGUCAUGGAAACGCUGCCUUAUGAAAGGCUCAUGAGCCCGACCAUGGAAAAGAUUUGGAUUGCUGUCACGGCUGCAUUUCAUAAAUCUCAUCAGCCUUUUGAAAGGAUUAAGAGCCUUCGAGAGGCCUUAGAAGGACAAUCUCAAGUUGAGGCUUCAGCUUUAGAAGAGUUGGAGGUUGCUUUAGAGGCUGAGGCUUUAGCUUUAGAAGAGUUGGAGGCUGCUAUUUUGGCUGCCAUUCAAAAAGGUCGAGACGAGGCUUUAGCUUUACAGAAGAAGGAAGAGUUGGAAGCUGAUAUGGCUGAGGCUGCCAUUCAGAAGGGUCGAAAUGAGGCAUUAGCUUUACAGAAGAAGGAAGAGUUGGAGGCUGAUACGGCUGUGCCUACUGAUAUGGGCCCAGGAGCUGAUAAAAGAAGAAGGAAAAAGAAUGCGAUGAGGAAAAGAAAGAAGAGGAAAGAGUUGGAGGCUGACAGGGUUGUGGCUACUGAUUCGAGCCCAGGUGAUGAUGAAAGAAGAGGGAAAAAGAAUGAGAUGGGUGAGAGAAAGAGAAAGAAGCGCAGCCCAGGAGCUGAUGAAAGAAGAGGGAAAAAGAAUGUGAUGAACAGGAGAAAGAGAAAGAAGCGCAGCCUAGAAGCUGAUGAAAGAAGAGGGAGAAAGAAUGUGAUGACUGAGAGAAAGAGAAAGAAGCUCAGUAAUUGAUGUUGGAGCAGGUACCGAAGUAAUUAGUUAUGAGUGCUAAAAACACUCUUCUUAACACUCAAUCUUUUAUUGCGUAAAAUUGAUGUGAGUCUCACACUUUAGAAAUUGAUUCCAUAUAAGUGGUAGAAACCUAUGCUUUGAUUGUAGGCAAUGAAAGAGCGGCUUUAGAGAGUAUCAUAAAGAGUGUCUUCAUAGGAUUUUUCUUGAAAUUUAAGUUAGUGGGUUAUGCGUUAUGUGUAGCCUAUGUUGGCUAUAGAGGAGAAUUGUAUUGUAGAAGAACUAAUGUAUGCAUGUUUAUUAUCGUGGACCUGCUUAUGUUGUUGGCUAGAAGAGAAUUGUAUUGAAGGACUAAUUUAUGCAUGCUUAUUAUUGUCGACCUGCUAGUUGUUGCCUAGAAGAGAUUUGUAUUUUCAGAAGAA